AUGUUAUCACCAACUAAAACAGCAUCAUCCACAACAACAACAACUACAAGAAUUAAUCAUACAGCAGUUCCUUUAUUAAAUGUACAAAAUCUAACUCGAAUGCCAUCAAAUAUUACUAUUGAACGGCUCGAACAAUUUACUGAUAAACAAGAAAAAAUGCUUCAUACUUUACGUUCUAAUGAUAAUUUAACUCUCCAUCUAGAACUUCAACGUCAUUUACUUAAUUAUAAUCAUUCUCAUUCCGAGUCCAAUCUUGAUUGUUUACAUCAACUUCCUCUACAUCCUAAACGAAAUCGAACAACACGUUGUUUACAAUUACGUGUUGGAUUAACAGAAACAUUCGAUAAUGUUUUUUGUCAUAAUACUGAUUAUCCUCAAUGGUUAACAAUACAAAAUCGUGAAACUAAUUCCAUCGAUUUUAAUCGAACUUGGAUUGAAUAUCGAAGAGGUUUUGGAAAUAUUCGUAAUCGAACGGAUUUUUGGAUUGGAAAUGAAAAUCUUCAUUGGUUAACAAGUACAUAUUCAUGUCGUUUAAAAAUCGAAGUAACAGAUUGGUAUAAUGAAACUCGUACAGCUACAUACGAAGUAUUUCGUAUAGCUAAUCAACAAGAUGGUUAUAGAAUAAAAAUUAGCGAAUACCAUGGAGAUAUGGAAGUAUCAAAUAAAAUUGAUAGUUUUUCUCGUUGGCAUCAUAAUGCUCGUUUUUCUACCUAUGAUCAUUAUGCUACAAAUACCAACUGUCCACAAAAACAUGGCGGAGGUGGAUGGUGGUAUCAUUCAGGUAUAGAAUGCGGACAUGUACAACUCAAUGGUCGAUUUGCAACACAUUCUGAUGGACUUGUUCCAUUUAAUACAGGUAUUCUAUGGAUAGGUUGGAAAUCUGAUCGACACUAUUCAUUUCAACGUGUAAAUAUGGCUAUACAACCGAAAUCGAAACAAACUCGUUUAUCUAAUCGGUAUUAA